AUUGACUUCCCAUCAAUUUUGGAGUUUAGGAGGUCCUCCAGAUAAUACCUUCAUGUCAACCAAAUGUUUAUUAUUCACGUGUGGCGAUACUAGAAUCAAGAUCAGUUAAUAUAUUUAAUAACAAUAACCUUUAUAAUAUUUAGCGAAAGUUUAUAUUGUGUAACUAUAUUGGCUAAGUAACCGUUUGCCGUUAAGAGGAUCUUGGAGUUUAAGUUCUCUAUUUCACAACAUUGGUCUGUCAAUAUUGUCGACUGAGACUAGUUCUAAACCAAACUUAAAAUAUCCAGUUCGAUAGAGAACUGAAUACUCUUUUGAUGUAGCAAAAUUAGUCUAUAUUUGUCUUUUAGAUAAACAGCCACCAGAUUUUGAUUUACGAACACCAUUAAAACAUGGUUUCACAAAUUUAGCUCAACAAUUAACGGUUAGAGAAGAAGUAGAUGAAUUUGGACAAUAUGCUGAAUCAAAUAUGACAAAUUUAAUAAAUAAAAAUUUAAAUCUUAUAGUAGGUGAACAUGAAUAUUUAACAUUACAAGCUUGUUAUGCAGCAACUGAUGUUAUUAAUGCACCAGAAGGUGGAUUAGAUAUUGAAUUAACAAGAAAAAACCUGGUGUCAUGUAGAAUCAUUUAUAUUCCCAAAUAG